AUACAUGCGCAGGGCAAAGCAGUUAACAAGCGUGCGACUUGAGAGUGAGAGCGAGAGAGCGACGACAGUCCGCCUAUUUCGGCGACCGAUUCAUCCCCCACAGCGAAGCGGCACCGAUUCUUCAAUUGCUAGCUCAAUUAGCCGACGUGUACUACUUCACUCUGCCACGCUGCCACUCCUUUCUGCAGUCGCAAGCCAACCGGCGACCGCCUCAGUCCCGGCACCGUCAGCUCUGACCACUCCACUUGACACCGGCGCCCUUUUAGCCCCUAGCACUACCUUUAUUUCUAGAUCAUCUACAAGCAUGCCGAUUGAGGGCAUCGAGCUGGACGAUGAGAAAUUUGUCGACCUCCUCGGCAAGCUCAUAGGGGAGAGCAAGCACCUGCAAAACAACCCACCCGAAUUUGUUCCCAAGGAAGACCGAGCUGCCCGGCACGUGUUGGAGGUGCUUCAGCCUCUAAGCCAGGAAAAUGGUGGGCCGCUGCGCAUCCGCCGCAUCUCCUACGUGGAGGGCCGCGGCAACAUAGUGGUGGAGUAUCCCGGCGAGCACGACGGCGGCAUAAUGAGCUUCGUGGGCUGCCACAUGGACGUGGUGACUGCCAACCCAGACACGUGGACGUUCGACCCCUUCUCGCUGUCCAUUGACGGGGACAAGCUGCGCGGCCGCGGCACCACGGACUGCCUGGGUCACGUGGCCCUGGUGACUGAGUUCUUCAGGCAGCUGGCCGAGCGGCGGCCCAAGCUGAAGCGCACCAUCGUGGGGGUGUACAUCGCCAACGAGGAGAACAGCAAGAUCCUGGGCAUCGGCAUUGACGAGAUGGUGGCACGUGGCGAGCUGGACAACCUCAAGGCCGGGCCGCUGUACUGGGUGGACGUGGCUGACUCGCAGCCGUGCAUCGGCACGGGUGGCAUUGUGGCCUGGUCGCUCAAGGCCAAGGGCAAGAUGUUCCACAGCGGCCUGCCGCACAAGUCCAUCAACCCGCUGGAGCUGGCCAUGAGCUCGCUGGCCUACAUGCAGCAGCGCUUCUACGCGGACUUCCCGCCGCACCCGGAGGAGGAGCGGUACGGCUUCGCCACGCCCUCCACCAUGAAGCCCACGCAGUGGAGCUACCCGGGCGGCUCCAUCAACCAGAUCCCCGGCGAGGCCACCAUCUGUGGCGACUGCCGCAUCACACCCUUCUACGACGUGCAGCAGGUGAUGGACAAACUGCGCUCCUACGCGGAUGACCUCAACAGCGCCAGCUCGGGGGCGCUGGAGGCGCUGCCCACACAGGGGCCCUGCUCCAAGUACGUGCUGCCGGAUGAGGGCCUGCGCGGCAAAGUGGAGCUCACCUUCUUUGACUCGUACGCCAAGGGCAUUGCCUGCAACCUGGACACAGUGGGCUUCAACGCCAUGACGAGCGCCUUCUCCAAGGUGUACGGCUACUGCAAGCCCUACGCCAUCACCGGCUCCCUGCCCUGCAUCCGGGAGCUGCAGGAGGCGGGCUAUGACGUGCAAUGCAUUGGCUUCGGCCGCAUGGCCACCUACCACGCCAACGACGAGUACGCGCUGCUGUCGGACUUCCGCAAGGGCUUUGAGGUGAUGCGCGAGCUGGUUCUGCACUUCAACACGGUGUAGGGAGGCGGCGUGGGACCCUGUGCAGGACCACAGACAUCAGGGUGCGAGCAGGCAGGUGGCGAUGAGGGGAGCAGGCGGCGACAAGGAGCAGAACAGGUGGAGUAGGUGCAGGAGCAAAGGAGCAAGGAUAGGAUCAGGAGGAACAGGAGGGGAGGCCCAGGUGCCGAUGCGACCUCUACGUCCGCGUUUCACGGUCAUUCCUGCUAGCGCCCUCCCAGGUCAGUUGUAGGCGCGGCCUGGCGCGGCAAGGCGCACGCGUUGUUGGUAGUUGCGGCUGUUGCGCAGGGAGCGACAAAGUGUGGAAUGACGGGGCGGGUAUGCGCCACGGUUCAGUGGUGGCGUUACCGUACUGGCAUAUGUGGCCAGGUGGUAGGGCCUGCGAGGUCGGGGUGGUGCCGGCCACACAGGACGGCACCGGGUAGUUGCACGAGCGGCAAUUCAUGGAGCUGUUGCAGCACCGGCCACCUGGACGCUGUCAAGGAGUCACGAGGACGUGCCCGGAGUGCAAGGCACUGUGCUAAUGUGCCAUACCAAUAUUGCAAAAAGGUUAUAUAU